UAUAUGGGAAUCCACCGCCACUACCGCACUAACACUAUCACUAUAUCCACUAUAUUAGCACUUGGCAUUUUGUUCUGGUUGUAAACCGUAACAACAUAGUAUGUUGUUGCAUGAUUAAAUCAAAUCUGUUAUAAGCGUUUGAUAUCAAGAUUAAUGUGUGAAAAGUAGUACAAAAUACUAUAAAUUGAAAAAAUACAAUAUUGUAAUAAGGGCAUAGUGUUUUCCGUUAUUUUUCAAAGCGCCAUGAAUCCGAAUUAUAUUUUGAGGUUAUGUGCUACCGGCAAACAUUUUGUGAAGUUUCAGCAGAGAUUCUAUUCAAACAGAAAUGUGCUAAAACUUCACGAAAGAGGAAUGUUUCAGGACAUGUUUCCUGAUACUAGUGCAGACGAAAUAAAUAAACUUUUAGUAAAAGCACCACAGUGCGUUUAUGCUGGCUUUGACCCAACAGCAGAAAGUUUGCACAUUGGAAAUCUUCUAGUCCUAAUGAACCUGUUGCAUUGGCAGAGAGGGGGUCAUCAAGUAAUAGCACUUCUAGGUGGAGCGACAGGUCUCAUAGGAGAUCCGAGUCACAGAAUUUCAGAAAGGAUUGAACUGAGCAAUCUUGUUGCCAAAGAAAAUCUUGAAAGUAUAGGUGCUAACAUACAAACGAUUUUUGAGAACCACAAAAAGUAUUUCUGGGUCAAUGAAAAAGAUGAGCUGAAACCGCCAAUCAUUUUAAAUAACUUGGAUUGGUAUCAAGACGUGAAUGUCAUAGAAUUCAUUAGGAAAAUUGGUAGACACUUUCGGCUUGGUGUAAUGAUGGGAAGGACUUCUGUCCAGUCACGCUUGAAUGCCGAAGGUGGUAUGAGUUUCACAGAAUUCACUUAUCAAAUAUUUCAAGCUUAUGAUUGGUUGUAUCUCGCAAAAACACACAAUUGUUGUUUUCAAAUUGGUGGCAAUGACCAAAUGGGGAAUAUGGUCUCGGGCUAUGAUUUAAUAAGCAAAGUAACCAAAAAAAAAGUUUAUGCUCUCACAUUACCAUUGAUAACCGCAGAGGGUGGAAAAAAAUUUGGUAAAUCAGUGGGUAAUGCCGUUUGGUUAUCAUCAAAGAAAUCCUCAAGUUUUCAGCUCUAUCAAUUUUUUGUCAGAUCAAAAGAUUCUGAUGUUGAGAAUUAUUUGAAACUUUUCACGUUUUUACCACUUGGACGAAUCCAAGAGAUUAUGAAUGCUCACCAAAAAGCCCCAGAGAAAAGAGAAGCCCAGCGCAUUCUUGCUGAAAAUGUGAUUCUUCUUGUCCACGGAGAGGAGGGGUUACAUUCUGCACAGGAAACAUCUGCCCUUCUUUACAACAAAUCUAUAGACACUCUCUCAACCAUGAGCACAGACGAGGUUGUUCAAGUGUUCGAGGGUGCUCAAGUUGUGGACAUGAUGUUGCGACCGGGUAUUACAGUCCAUGAACUCGCUAUGGAAACAAAAUGCUUCAAGAGCGAUCACGAUGCCUUAAGGAUUAUACCCGCUGGAGGAUUCCACAUUAAUCAUCAAAAAAUUAUAAACCCCAGUGAAGUUAUAACCAAUGGUAUUCAUGUACUACCAAAUAAAUUGACCCUUAUCAGAGUAGGUAAAAAAAAUUAUCAUAUUAUCAGAUGGUUAUAGUGAACUGUGGAAUUUAAUAAAUUAUGUACAGCCUAAUAAAAGGGUAAAAUGUG